GUAAGUCCAAGUUUGGAUAGAAAAGCGCAUGCGUGGUUUUUUUCUCCUUUUUGUUAUUUAACAAACAUGUCUGCCUCCAGUCUGACGGCACUCAGGGCAUCUCUGACAGCUUUUCACGGAGGUUCCUGCCGGUGGCUCCUCGGUCGUCUGACCCCGAUAUUGUGCCACCGUUUGCGGCUUCAUGUCUCCCCCACCGCCGGGCUGUCCAGCUCCAGGACCGAGCCGACACGGAGCUCCGAUGUGGCCGACAAGGUUGCAGACAAACUCGGGCAGGAAGAGCCGGAGUGUCCGGAGUAUAUCCCCAGGAGGAAGGCCAAGAACCCUAUGAUGAAGUUAGGAUAUGCUUGGAUGAUCGGGCUCCCCGCGGGGAUCAUCGGCUUCAUUCUGGCCAAGAGACAAGUGGACAAGAACCGCCUGAAGCAGCUGAAGGUCAGACAGAGGAUGAAACGAUCCAACGAGGGCGAAUACGACGGGAGUCGAUAUCGCCAGCACGCCAAGCUGGACCGGUGACGCGUAAACCCCGUCACGCCCCGAGAGACACGAGGACUUCUGCCUAAAGCCGCGUGGAGAAAAACAGAUUUAUACAUGAAAAAGCUACAUGUAAACAAUAAGCACUACCUGGUGUAAACAAAAGGAAACAGUUUAUUUCAUACGAAAAUGCAAACAUGUUAUCUUCAGGAAUGAUGUGUGUUUACACCAACUAUGUGGUCUUUACAUGCUGAGUGUUUGACGCUGUUGCUUUAAUAAAAGGAUUGCGUGCAGCUCUGGCCCAGAGCAGCAGCUGGGUGCGGUCGGGUAAAUCAGGAGUGGAUUUUUUUUUUUUUUUCCUUCAGCUGAAACAUUUCACCGGUUCAACUCCACCCUGCUGGCUCAGACUGCUUCUGAUCUGACUGAGUCACUACAGGACAACAUCUUACAUAAUGAAGUAGUUUUAGGAAAAAGAUUUUUUUUGCCAAGGAUACAGGUGAUAUUGCUUAUAGUGGCACAUUCAGGUUAGUAAGUUGUUGCAAAGAAGAAAAAAAAAAAAAAA